UUCUAUUCAUUAUACAUGUUUGCAUCAUCGGUUUUCAAAAUGAGAAGAUCAUCUAAAAAAAUUGAAUAUUAAAAAUUUUGGAAACUCAGGUGUUGUAUUAUUGCAGUUAAAAAAUAAUCGAAUCAUGGACAUUACCGAAUAUGUACGCCAAGAUCAAAAGAUUGACGAACUAAUUACAAAUGAUAGCCGUGAAAAAGGUGGCGGUGGUGAUCCAGAAACUACAGGUAAAAAUAAUGCAAAUACUUUAGAAAAAGCAUACUCCUUUCUCAUAAACGAAAAUGAUGAAAAUGUAUUGUCCUCAUUAUCUGCUAAUAACAUAAGUGUGAAUGAUGAAGACGAAGUCAUGAAAGUCACUGUUUACGACAGCUUUACCUCAGACAGUGAUUACUUAAACGAAUUUGUUGAAAAACGUUCAGCUGGAGAUGAAGACAAUAUCAAAGUCAUUCUUGAAACUAGCACCGAUAUAACAUAUUUGCAAAAUGAGGUUAAUAAAUUACGCCACCAGCUCGCUGAAAUUCAAUAUCAAAACAAAUUCAAACCAACUGAGGAGGCCCAUUUCGAGAAAAAUGUUGACACUACUGACACCAUUAUAGUAAAUCGAAAAGUUUUGCAAGAAUUGGAAUCCAAAAUGAAAGAAGCAGAUAGUUUAUCGGCAAAUCUUUCAAAAUGCUUGGAUGAUCAAUCUGAAUACAUUGAUAAUAUUCAAGACAAAUGUCGACAAAUGCAAGAAUUUUAUAGAGAGCAACUAUGCGAAUGCAUCAUGUCAGGACAAUCUCUGAAAUCGCAGAACAGGGAAAUGCAAAAGGAACUUUAUUCAGAUAUGUAUGAAAUACAAAAACUUGCAAUGCAAAAUGGCGCACUUCGUAAUGAGAUCAUGUAUAAAGAUGUGGCAGUCCGGAACUACGAAGCUAUUUGCAAACAAAUUGAGUUUAAGGCAAAAAUGUUCCGAAAUUCAGGUUAUUCAAUGGGAAAUUCAAGUCAAGAAAAUUAAAUGUUUGCUAUGUAACACCUUAGUUUUUAGUCAAGAGAAUUUUUAUUGUAUUUGUUAUUGUAUCUGUAACUAAAACUGCAGCAAUACUUUUUGGGAAUAUAUAUUAUCCAUCUGA